AUGUUUAAACUAUUGCGAGACUUUAUCGAAUAUUCGAUCGCAAUUUUAGCACAUUUUUAUGCGCAUAUGUUUCGACCAAAUAAUAAAUCAUUAACUACAAUCGAAAAUUUAAAUCAAUUAUCACCAUUAGUGUGGCGAAUUCUUGGUGCAAAUCCUGGACCAUUCACUCUACAAGGAACCAAUACGUAUUUGGUUGGUAGUGGUAAAAGUAAAAUUCUAAUUGAUAGUGGCGAGCCAAAUGUGCCUGAAUAUAUAAAUAAUCUGAAAAAAGCACUUGGUGAAAACAAAAUAUCUUGUAUAGUUUGUACUCAUUGGCAUCGUGAUCAUGUUGGUGGUGUUCCAGAUGUUAUACAAAAAGUAAUUGGUGAGAAAGUGCCUGUUUAUAAAUUCAAGCGAGAUGAUGCUGUUGAAGAUUCUUCCUGUUAUACAUUUGUAAAUGAUGAGCAUAUUCUUUCAACUGCAGGUGCAACUUUGAGAUUGAUUGGAACCCCGGGUCAUACGGUGGAUCAUAUGUCCAUAUAUCUGGAAGAAGAAGGUUCGUUAUUUAGUGGCGAUUGUAUUUUAGGCGAAGGCUCGACCAUAUUUGAAAAUUUACAUAGCUAUAUGACUUCACUUCAUAAAUUGCUCAAUUUAAAACCGAAACGAAUUUAUCCUGGUCAUGGUCCUGUAAUUGAGGAACCGUUGGAGAAAAUCGGUAAUUACAUAGAACAUCGUAAUAAACGUGAAUCCGAAAUCUUAGAAGCAUUUAAGCAGUCGGAUUCUCCAUUAUCAAUGAUGGCAGUAACGAAUAUUGUUUAUAAAGAUCUUCCUAUUCAUUUGAAGAUGGCAGCUAUAAAUAAUGUGGAACAUCAUAUCAAAAAAUUGCUAAAAGAAGAAAAAAUUGAAAAAAUUGGCUUAAGCGGUUAUCGCUUACUUGCUGUUGAACCGCAAACGAGUAGAAUGGAUUCAUAG